AUGGAUGUAAAGACUGUAACAAAGGGGGCAAACCCCUUCUUAAUUGACGAUCUUACCGAGUAUUCAAACCCAUCUCAACUGGGUGGUGGUGGUGGUAUGAACUCCAACCCCUUCCUUUCUGGAAGUGACUUCAAUAUUUCUGGAACAUCAGAUAAUCCAUUCCUAAGUUCAUUGGGUGGUGUAGAUGUAACAGAAAGUGUGUCACCUUCGCCAUUUUCUACUACAUCGACGAAUCCGUUUGCUUUAUCUUCAUCAGAUAAUAAUGAAUCUAAUGCAAACAUUGAGUUUUUCAGUGCAGUGCAUGAACCUGCGGUCUCGGAAUCUCAAAACAUUGUCAGUUCUGAUGCAUUGUCGAAUAUAUUCGAUAACAUGCAAGUACAACAACAGGUUGUAUCGUCUGCUGAUAUUUUCUUUGAUGUUGGACCAACAUCUACACCGCAGACUACUGCUAACUUUCAUGAGGAUAGGGUAGAUUUACUUGAUGACACUUUUUCCACCACCACAACAGACCACCCUGAAGGCUUUUGCAAAGAAACAGCAGACCUAUUUACUAAUGUAGUAGUUUAUGAUGAUGCUUCAUCAAGAACCAGCACGCCAAAAGGUGGUGCCCCAAGAAGGCCUCCGCCUCCUCGACCACCACCUUCCAAGGAGACAAAAGACUUAAUUCUCAGUGUAACAGGUGCAAUGGAAGCAACAUCGUCGCACCUUCUGGACAGGCUGCAGGCUACAAGAACACCUAGUCCCACUCCAAUACGGGAUCUCCAUUCUCCUAGUCCCACUCCAGAUGUGUCUUUCUCUGACUUUCUGGUCGGAGAGCCUACAGAUCUGUCACAAAGCAAACUGGCAGAGUUUCCCAGCAGUGAAGACUUUAGUCUUUUAGGAGACGCAGAUAUGGCACCAUCUAGUGGGAUGCCAGUCACUCAACAGCCUCAGGUACCACCGAGACCUGCCCGUCCACCCACGCAACCAACUGCACAAAUAUCCGCGGCUGUGAAUGCAGACAUGAUGGAUAUCUUCAGUAGUGAAGCACAACCAGAAGUUGCUCCUAAGAAGUCAAAUACUGACAUCCUGGGACUGUUUAAUACAUCUGCACCAGAAACGACCAAGCCCGAAUCAAGUGUUGCGCCACCUACCACUACGGACUUACUAGGAGAUGUCUUUGAGGAAGGCUUGGGAAAUAAACCUCUGCAGGAGAUGAACGUGAUGGCGUCAUCAACAACAGAUUUUGCAAACUUUUCCUCUGAAGCUCACACAGCAACCGAACUCUCUGAAACUGUCUCCCCCAAAGUGUCAGAUUCUCUCCCCAUCACACUAACAGAAUCUCAUAUAGCAUCAGGAGAAGAUGACUUUGAUGCAUUUGCAGCCAAGUUUGAGAAUGCUGCGAAGGACGAAGUACUAGUAGCUUCGGAUCCAUUUGAUCCAUUUUCUGGCUCUGCAGAUACUGAAGAAAAUGAUCUCUUUGGUAACACUGCAGGCACUGUAACAACUGAUGUUUGGGGAAGUACAGGAGUCCAAGCAGCAUCCAAGACUGAAGGUUUUGGUGAAGGUGACUUUGACUCCUUCCUGACUAUGAAUGAGCCAACAGCUGUUGCAGCUGUUGCAACUGCUGCAGAUGCAGCUGUUGCACCAAUGAACAGGAUUGCAAGUGCAGAUUCUGAUGAAGGCCCCGACUUUUCUGUGUUUAUCAAACCGAAGACCACAGAGGAAGACGCGACGGUGCCCGCUCUGGCGCCUCCGCCCAAGAGUCCGGUGAACAACAGCGCGUUCACGGACUCCACGCCGCGGUUCAACCCUUUCGACAAGAGCAGCGAGGCCGCCUCGGCGUCGCUGCCGGGCGCAGACGCCGUCGCUCUGCCAGGGGGCGAGCCGGCGGAGGGCGGCCUCCAGAGGACGGACUCGCAGGAGACGCCGCCCACGCCGCUGUUCGACGACGACGUGUCGCAGCCCCUCGAGGACUUCCCGCGCACGGUGUACACCGGCGACGGCUGGGAGAUGCACCUGCGCCAGCCCAACAAGAAGAAGAUCACCGGCCAGAGGUUCUGGAAGAAGGUGUUUGUGCGCCUGGUGAGCCAGGGAGACAACCCGGUGCUGCAGCUGUACAACACCAAGGACGACAAGGACCCCUUCCAGGAGCUGCCUCUGCAGGCAUGCUACUCUGUGUCCGACAUAGGCGCCCAGCAAUUCGACAUGUACGGCAAGAUCUUCACGGUGAAGCUGCAGUACGUGUUCUACAAGGAGCGGCCCGGCGUGCGGCCGGGCCAGGUCACCAAGGCCGAGCGGCUCACCAACAAGCUGAGCCAGUUCGCCGCCUACGCCAUCCAGGGCGACUACCAGGGCUGCAAGGAGUUCGGCAGCGACCUGCGCAAGCUGGGACUGCCGGUGGAGCACGCCCCGCAGAUCUCGCAGCUGUUCAAGAUCGGCUGCCAGUCGUACGAGGACCUGAAGCAGUUCUGCAUGACGGUGGAGGAGUCCUUGUUCCGCAUGUCGGCGCACCGGGACCGCGCCCUCAACUACAAGACGGAGGAGGUGCAGAUCACGGCGGUGGACGAGCUCUACGUGGAGCAGGACAGGCAUGGGCACAUCGACAAGCAGAUCGCCCGGGUGCGGCUGUUCUUCCUGGCGUUCCUCGCCGGCAUGCCCGACGUGGAGCUGGGGCUGAACGACAUGUGGCGCCAGGGCAAGGAGGUGGUGGGCCGCCACGACAUCAUCCCCGUCAUCACGGAGGAGUGGAUCCGCCUGGAGAACACCGAGUUCCACAGCUGCGUGCAGCAGGACGAGUACCAGAGGACACACACCAUCAAGUUCAAGCCGCCUGACGCGUGCUACAUCGAGCUGAUGCGCUUCCGCGUGCGGCCGCCCAAGAACCGGGAGCUGCCGCUGCAAGUGAAGGCAGUGCUGUGCGUCACCGGGAACAAGGUCCAGCUCAAGGCGGACAUCCUGGUGCCGGGCUUCUCCAGCCGCAAGCUGGGGCAGAUCCCCUGCGAGGACGUGAUGGUGCGCUUCCCCAUCCCCGAGUGCUGGAUAUACCUGUUCCGGGUCGAGAAGCACUUCCGCUACGGCUCCGUCAAGUCCACGCACCGGCGGACCGGGAAGGUGAAGGGGAUCGAGCGGCUGCUGGGGGCCGUGGAGACGCUGGAGCAGUCGCUCAUCGAGGUGACGUCGGGGCAGGCCAAGUACGAGCACCAGCACCGAGCCAUCGUGUGGAGGAUGAGCCGUCUGCCCAAGGAGGGUCAAGGAGCGUACACGACCCACGCCCUCGUCUGCAACAUGGCGCUGACCUCGUAUGACCAGAUCCCCGACCAGCUGGCCGAGUACUGCUAUGUGGAGUUCACGAUGCCCGCGACCCAGGUCUCCCACACGACGGUACGCUCCGUGUCGCUGGUCGACGGGGCCAAGGACGACCCCCCGGAGAAGUACGUCCGCUACCUGGCCCGCCACGAGUACAGGGUCGGCAUCGAGCACACGCAAGGGGAGGGGCCGUCCGCUUACAUCACGGCUACCAUCACCAAGCCUGCCCCCGCUGCCGUUCCCGAGACCGUCGAGGAGGAGAAACACGAGGUGGAGGCAGCCGAUUCCGACAGCGACUCCUCCAGUUAGGUUAAAUCCAACAUGGAAAACUUUUAGUGCAAAGGAGGAAAGCCAGUGUAAAUAAUCAGGGUGUGAUUGGACAAUACUUUUAUCUACUGACCAGACGCCUGCAAUUUUCUACGUGUAAACUAAAAAAAGUGUGUGUGUAUGUGUAUAAAAAACCCAGGAUCACACAGACCUACCGUACUAUCAUAAUGAAUGGGUGAAAUAUUCUACAAAAUUCAUGAAUAUGUGAAAAAUGUUGUGUACCUAUGUGGAAGUGCAGCCCCCAUAUUUAAACAAAUGACAUCCUGUAGUUAAGUGAUAGUCCAACUCACUUAAAUGUUUGCCUAAAAUGUUGUCAUACCUCUAUUUAUUUUCACAUGACACUACACUAAAACAAAAGUAGAAAUACUUCCCUUGUAUAUUAAAACAUUAUUUAUGUGUGAGACAGCAUAGAGCGGUAUUUAUGUACAAUUGAAUAGAUGUAACCUUUAUUGUUUUCGCUUUUUGGAGAAAUGGUACAAGUGAACACAGUAUGUGUAGAAUAGCAAAGUGUUAAGAGUUGUUAGCAUCCCAUGUUUGGCAGAAGAUUGACAGUUACCUAAUUUAAGAGUUCCCUCAUGACUAGAACAUUGCGUGUACGACGCUGCUGGAAUCUGUAGUUUGUAACGCAGGAGAGCGACAACGCACUUGUGAUGCAGACAAUCACAGGUGGGUUGCAUUAGACACAAAGGAACUGUCGAAAUACCGACACAGAGCAUGCUGUGUCCUGCGAGGUGGAGUUUGUUCAUCAGGUUAGACAAUAAAGUAAACAGUCUCUAAUUAAUUACUAUAAUGUUUCAGUGUGCGAAAAUAUUAUAAAUGUUUGCAGGGAAAGUCAUGUUUUGAUUCUCCCACGUGCCAUAACGCCCAUAGCAGAAUUAUUGCAGUCAAUUAAUAGUUUUCUUUGCUCUUCUAUUCAGCUCCACAUUAGUCCUUGCUUCAACAUCAUGAAAAAUUAAUAAAUGAAUUACAAUUCAAGUCAAAUAUAUAAAUGAAAAUGUUUGUGGCUGGGUUGAUACAUUUUCAGUCCAGAUAUUCUUUAGGUAUGCCAACAUAGUAAGUUACUGUUUUUAAGUAUGUGUUUAGCAUGUCUACUUGGGAUGAUACUCUGUUAAUGUAAAAAAAAAAUAUAUAUAUAAUUAUUUUUUUACAGAACUAAAGUAACAACUUUUCUCCUCACUAGAAUUUAUUGUAGUGGACCAAUAAUAUUCACUGUUAGAUCUCUUAUAGAUAUAAUUAAGCAAAUGUCAAAAACAUGUACAUUCUUCAAAUAAAAAAUUGCUUGUGGAUUCAGUAUAAAAAAAAGAGCAGAUAUUUUCUUUACAUGGCUACUACUGAUACAGUAUUAAAAUAACUGGCAGAGAAAAUCAUAAGUUGGCAAGCAUUUCACAGUUACUCAGUUACUGUUAACAUAAAUUAGGUUCUAUGCAUGUCUUGUACAGAAUCACCAUUGCUGUGAAGUUUCUGCACAAAAAAUAACUUUAAUUAAAAAUCUGAAAUAUCAUCUAUCAAAUCCAAAAUAACACAGAAACUUUGCAUGUGUAAAAUUUUUUGUUAAUUUAUUAAGCAAUCUGUUAAGAUCUCUCAAAUAACUUUAAUAAGUUAUAGGUUAGCUUUUAUAGGUAAUUCUUAUUGUAUAGUGUACAUAUUUUAUUAAUAUGCAAGGUGAAGUUACCUAUCUCAACUGUUGAACAAUGAACUAGGCCUGUGCGAAGCUUCUACUAAGCGAAUCAAUCAAAGCUCUUUUUAAUAUUCAAUUUGACUUCACUAGGAAAUUUGCUAUUCGUUUUAUAUAAAGCGUCGAAUGUGAUACAAAGCUUCACGUCUUAUGUGAAGCUAGGCUUUUGUUGCGAAGCUUUAAAACAUGGAAGCCUAAGAUUUGUUCAAGAAAAUAAUGAGUUUUUUUUUGUGUUUAAAUUUUUGCACGAAUAAGUUUGGUUACUUAAAAAAUCAAAUGUAAAACUUGGGUUUGCUUUAAUGAAUGCUCAAUAAUAUGCACGGUUAGAUUAUAAUUUUUAUAGGGCCCAAUUGGUUAAUUACUUAACCAGUUCAAACACUAAAAAAUGUUUAAUACUAUUUUUUUUUACUUCAAUCCAGUAUUUUAUAAAAAUAAGUGUGAUACAGCCUAGCUGAGAACAAUAUUCACAGUUCCAUUUGACUUCGGGAAUAUUUUAAACAAUUUGAUAUUCACUUCACAUCUAAAACCUAGCAUUUGCACAGGCCUACAAUGUACCCAAUGUAAUAUGUAUGUAAAAUAUUUACCUUUGAAGUUAGUCUUAGAAUCAUUAUAAUUAUUGAUGGUAGUUUAUUGCAUACAUCUCACGUUGUAUAAAUAUUUCAUCCAUGGAUGCAAUGAUCUCGCGGUGCUGCCGAUCAAACAUUUUCAAACUGUGCAACACCUGUCAAGCGGCCGUAAACUGUAGCAUUAGUUAUGCAAGCAAGUGACUUGGAUGUCAAUGUAACCUGUUGUCUUUAUAGCUUGAUCACUUGUAACUUGGUGGUUAUAAAUAAAAUAAAAAAGUGGUUCUGUUUUUAACAUUCUGUUGUGAUGAGGUUGCAGUAGCAUGUUACACAAAAAAAAAUUAGAAUAUUAAACAUGAGAUGAAUGCAGAAGCAUUUUAUUAAUGUAUGCAUGUUUCAAUUUCACUUUGUGAUUUACUGUUUAUUAUCAUUGAUGGAUGUACAAGUAAAUGGGCAGUUGGGCUGAAAUGUGUCAGUGAGUAUUUCUUGGGCAUUUUUUUUUAGCAUUGCCUGUCAAAAUUUUGUAAUCAAACCUUAUGUUUUAAAGCCAAUUUAACCUUGCAGUCAAACAAGUGCUACAUCACAUCAAGACAGAAAACAAAAUUAAAAAAAUUAAAUAUUCAAAGUAGAUUCCAUGGAAUUUUGUAGGGGGAGGAGGGAUAAAUAUACCAAUAUUUUCCUCUAUGGCUUUGUUCCUGUUAACUUAACUGCUUUUUUGAGUGAUUCUCAUACCAAAAAUACAAUUAAUACAUUUCAAUUUACAAAAUAUUAAUUUAUGAUAUAAAGAAAAAAGACUAGAACAAUGGGUCAUUAACCUUAGAUGCUAAAUCCAUUGCAGUAAAAAAUAUUAAAACAGGAAGCAAAUUUUCAAUCUGUCACUAAAGUAAUUUUUUAUUUUUUUGUUUCAAACAAUUCAUAUUCAGAGUUAAGUUAACUAAUAGUAUUACAGGGAUGUUGGCAAAGAAAUGUGAACUGUGUACAAAAAACAAAUUCAAGAACAUUAGCUUUAGAAAUAAAAUGCUACUGAAACCUUCAUAUGCCUACUCUUUUCAAGACCUCAUGAAAUGAGGUCAAAUAGCUACAAGCCAAAGACAAUGUGUGUGUGUGCAUGUAAAAUCCAGAGUGCCUGCAUGUUCCCAAUUACGUUAGCGAGAAAAAGCAGCACUUAGCUCACCCUUGCAGUGUCUUGCUCUCUCGGAUGCAAAGCGUAACUGUAAAUAGUAUAUGUCAGUAGUUGUUUAGUACUGUGUCUGUCCACCAGGGUGGCAGGUGGAUAAAGAAACUGGUGUGUGGCCAAGUUUUAUUUAGCAUUAUGCUCAGAAAUUAUUAACGAGGUGAGAGAAUGAAAGCACUCAGCUUACUAAAAGUUUAUGUAUACAUAUAUUAACUAAAACCAAUGAUGAAUAUUUUAAGAUCACACCCACAGAAUUUGUCUGCUCUUCCUCACUGUUAUUUAAAGGGGAUGGAUAUGAACUGAAAGACACCAUAUUGGUUUCGAUAAUUUUUGUGCCAAAGCAAAUUAUUAAUUUUUUUGCAUUUAUAUUAAAAAAAUUUACAUACUUGUUUAUGGAGCUAGCAAGGAUGUGCAUGACAAAAAAAAAAAAACAUUUACAUAUAAAAUAGCAAUACAAACCACAAAGAACAAAACAACAAUGCACGAGGAAUAAAAACAUCUAAACCCUACAAGAAAUGUGUUUUAAAAAUAACACAAGUUUUAAAAUACAUGCUUCGAUACAUAAAAAACUAAUAAAAGUUCUCAAUUCUUUAAAGUAUUGAAAGAGUGCAUAUUUGAAAUAAUUUAAAAUAAUUAUAAUAGGUAACAUGAAAAUGAAUUAAAUACAUUGGUAGUUUCUAAUUGAUUAUAACUGGAAAAGAAUAUCAUUUAAUAUGGAAUAUUUUCUUUUAAUUAAUAAGCCAGAAAAUUAAUAUGGCCCACAAUCUUUUGAAGCCCAAAAUCUGUUGUAACCAAGCUAACUGAAUUAAAAAUCACAUAUUCUGUAAACCUUGCACUACAGAAGGCAAUUGAAGCACUAUUGACAACUCUAGAUGAAGAGCUGACACAGAACUAUGGGAGAUUCAAUUGGCAGUCCAAAUAUGAGCACUCAGAAAAAAUAUCUGGUGCAUGCCAUGCCACCAGUGCAGAAUAAUGCAUUCCGAUACUUAUGCUCUCGAUGCGUUUCCUACCUGCGAUUAAGAUUACAACCCUGUAGUUACCUGGGGCCUCAGAUCAAAAUCACAUCUACCUACUUUGCCAAAGCAUUCACAACUGUUGAUGUGGUACUAUAGCUUGCAAAUAAAACUAUAUUACUAAUGUUCAUAAACCUUCGCUAGAUAUAAAAUUUCAAUGUCAUUAAAACUUUAAUAAGCUGAAGCUUUGGCUGCUUUGCAUGCAAUUUGUGAAUUCCCUCAGCACAUAAUCAAUUGUUUUCUGACAGUUGUCACAAGCACAACUCCUUAUCCACCUGCUAACCUCAGUUGUGUGUGUGUGUUCAGUGUGCCGUAUUUGCUCACAUAAUUGCUUAGCCUAGUCACAUGUCGCGUUAUUUUGUGGUAGAGUAUAAAUCUGAAAGAAAUAUUUUAUAUCACUGGUACUGAUACUGCCAUACACGUUCAUUAAUACAGACAUUUUCAGAUGCUCAACAAAAGUGGAAAAAAGAGACUUCUAUAACAAAAUACAGCAAAACCCUCUUAAUAAAAUUCCACUUAAGAAAAUUACCUGCAUAAUAAGUUUUUAAAAAUUUCACAUCUAACCUAUUUAGUAAAUUUUCCCUGUAAAUACAUCUAAAUUUCCAAACAGCUUGAAAAACUUCUUAACACAGAUGUACUGUAGUUUGCCAAAUAAAACCUGUACUUGUUUCCAAAUUCAAAAUAGGGUACCGUACUAACUUUCUGCAAUUCGUAAUUUAGACAUUUUUAUUUUGACUCUGGUCUUAGUGACUUAUGCUACAAAGUCAUACUGUAGAAGAUAAACUUAUCUAUGUUGACAGAUGAUUUGCAAGUAUGUGAGCAAAUCAGUUAAAACAUUUAUAUAUUUGUGUAUUUAAAAUUUGUGUAGAAUACUAUAUUAUAUACUAAAUGUAUUUAUUUGUGAGUGUAUAAUAGUAUAGUGAGAAUAUGUAACAAAGGUACAUUACUUUAUUUUAAAUUUGUAGUAUAAUGAUAAACAAGGAAAAGGUAUAGUUAAUGUAAAAUUAAGUCUGUAUUCACUGUUAACUACUCUACAAUCUCAUCUACAUAUUUUCGUGUACAACUUUUCUAUAAUCCUAAAAUUUUUCACACCGCAGAAACAAAAUAAGCUAGUAGGUAUGUUGCAGUUAACUACACCAGAAAUACUGAAUUGUUUCUUAUCUAUGUUAUAAACUCUAAAAGCACAUAAGUAUCAUAAUAUAAGCAGAAAUUUCGAGAAGAUAUUUCCAUCACAUUCAAACUGGGUGCAUGGUCAGUUUAUAAAACAUUGCAGGAAAGUAAAAAAUUUGUCUAGCUUUGGAAAUAGUUCCUACCUGCAAUGUUUCUAUUUCUGGCAGCUUUGACGUAGCUUUUUAGCUGUUUGUGGCUCUUGAGCUCAGCAGGCAUGUGAUCCUGUGACGGGAACCACCCCUCGACUUCUGACUGUCUAGCGAAGUCUGUGUCUCCAGUGUUACUGGCUUGCGCUGCGACACUUGCCGAGUGUGUCAUCGCUAGCCACACACCAUAUCCAACUCGGUCGAGAUUGGUCCUGAAAGUUUUGUGAUGGGUAAAUGAAAAUGCAAUACCGUAAAAGAUAUAGGAAGAUGGCUAGAUUCGAACUGACGGAGCAUAUAAUAGAGAAAAUCGGAGAACUAAUGACACUGACAUGCAAGCAAGUCAUCUAUGUAUCCAACUUCUUACACACCAGUUUAGACCCAUGAUUACAAGGUAUGAACCAUGUCCAUAAGAACGAAAGCUGCGAAGAGGAUUCCGGCAUCUGAGAUUAGAAUUGCCACAAUCAUGGUUGGAAAGAGAAAAAAAAUUGGACAAAAUUUAGGAUGAGAAGGUAAAAGACCUGGGUCGAGUUGGCAGACGGCACGAUAAAAUUAGUGUUGGUAGACUCAUUGUGUGGUCACUGGCGAAGAAUGGAGGACGACACAAGCUCUAAGACUGAAGACCAAGAGGAUUGUGAAGAAUGAGAUUCAAAGAUGUGGUAAGAGACGUACAGUACUUUGACAGUGUUGGAUAAGAAGAGGCGUAAAGAAUCAAAAAUUGGUGUAGCAUUGUGUGUUUGGAACAGUGUGGUAUGAAAAUGAGCAGCAAAAAAAAAAUGUGAUCUCCAUUUGCUGCGAAUACUUCUCAAUAACAAAAAUUAUUUGUGGAUGUGUUCAAUAGUUCUUUCAAACUUUUUUUUUUAGAAGUAACUCAAUAGACAAGACACUGACUUAAAAACAAAAAACAAUUGUUUGUGUUGUACCAGCUUCUAUUUUCUUUACCUAAUUGGUGAGUUUCCCCUGAGAGCUCUCCCAUGCCUUUAGUAAAUGCUCCAUUCUCAUCUCAUUAUCUCUCAUUAUUGUCUCUAAUGACCCUGAUGUUGACAAGAUAUUAAGUUCUAGUUCACCAUAGUUUUUGUAGGCUACCAGAUUCUAUUUACCAAUAUUGAUAUUUAAUAUAUAUGAAAUAAAAUAUGAAACUAAUUAUCAUAGAAAAAAUGUUAAGGUCUAGAAUCUCAACAACAGAGCACUACAUAUUAUGUAAAACAUUUUUUUGAGUUUUUCCACCUUGCUUUAGCCUAAAAAUUGACUUCUUAAAUGAUUGCUUAUAAAUAUUUAAUCAUCCAGUGUGUUUAGUCUUGACAGAACAGCACUCUCUCAAGAUAGUAAGGUUAAGUACAUACGUGUUAAUUCAUGUGGCCUUUUUUUGUAGAUGGGAACAGUAUGUGUCACAAAUCCAUUUGAGCUGUAUCUAUCUUCACACAUUUUGGAUACCUACCUAAUUCCACUCAAUGUACAAAAAGCCUUGGAAUGGUUCUAAUUCAAGGUUUCAAUGUUCAUAGAAGAAAAUUUUCUGUAAAUGUUUAACUUUUUGUUUAAUUAGUAUAAAAGACAGUAAAUUAUUAGAGUAGAUUAAUCCUGGGAAAGUAAAACAAUAUAACUAUUCCAAAACUUGUGUUUUAUUUAAGGAUGACAUUAUUUACAGCUAGACAUAUUCUUGCUAAUACUGAAAAAUAAUUGCAACUUAAUUUUAUAUAAAAUAUAAAGAUCUAACUGUUAGAUAGUACGAGUUACAUGUUCUUACUAAAAAAAACUUAAUCUGAAUAAACAAUGGAACAGUCAAGAGAUUAUAUUACCCUGCAGAUAAAAAAAAAUAUAAAAAAUGUUUUACUUAAUUCUGCAUUAGCUUCUCAUUUUUAAUUGCUGGUUAUUCCUGCUGCAUAACACAGUACUUAGAUCCACAAACAAGUAAUUUCCGUAUGUCACAUGACAAGUUAAAUUACUUUCUAAAUCAAGCAACAUUACCAAUGAUCAUGUCAAGUUGUCCAGAUAGAAAAAUCCAACUGUCUCUCUGGUAAAAGUCCAGAAACAUCACUCUAUCUAGAUCUAACGAACACCCAAUGAUUCAUGAAAUAUGUAGAAAGAAUUCUUUAAUUUGAUAGGAAGGGAGGGAGUAAACAAAUGAUCUGACAGGUUUUGCUGGGAGAGAAUUAUUUUAAUUUUACAUUUGAUUAAAAUAGUCUGGGAAUUGGACUAUUACAGUCAAAUUCCACCAUGUUCAGAGUUACUGAUGAAAUAUUUGUCAUGCUGGAAUUAAAGUAGGGUGUACUGAAAUAGUUGUUUAACAAGGUUUGUCCUGGUGGUGAAACUCUGAAAAGUGUAAAAAUCUUAGUAGUAGAAAAUUAGGAACAUAUUCUAGUUUGAAUUUAUUCUAGUCAGCACUUACCAUUCCAUAAUGUACUAGUCAGUAGUUAUUAGAAACAUAUAAUUGUGUAUAUAAAGUAUUUAUUAUCAGUCACCACAGUGUGACACAUAACAAGUGAUCUCUUGAAUGUGAUAUUUUACUUUUAUAAGUGUCUGUAUUUAUAUUUUAUUGAAACAUUUUUAAAAUGCCCAUUUAUUGGGUAUCAAAGAGGUGGAAUCUAGUCAUUACAUUUAUAGGUAUUUUUAAGCUUAAGUAUAGUGCAAGUGUACAUACGUUAAAGCCACAGACGAGUCACAUGUGAUAUUGUGUUAGAGGUAGAUGUACAGAGAGUAGUUAUGUGUAUGUAUGUAAAUACUUAUUAUUAUUGAAACAUUUUACUAAUUAAGUGACUGUAUUAUAUUAGUUUCAUUAUAAAAUUUUUAAAUGUUUGAGAGGUCUUAGCAGAUUUUCUUAGAAAGAGCAAAGGUUUUACACAAAAAAUGUGUCUGAAAAAAAAAAAGUAACUUUGAAAACCUCUGAUCCAUAUUAAAUCUGAUCAUUAAAGCUAAAAUUUCAGUAAUACCUACAUGCAGAUGCAUAUAAACAGGUUGUAAUUACUGGAGCUGUGAAUUAUUUCAACUGUGUUACGAUAUUGCUAUAAAAUAUCACACAAAUAGGUGUGUAUGACCCUGGUGCUUGAAAUGUAGGAAGCACCACUUGAUGGGCAUAUCGUACUGUUCCUUUGGUUAGAGGAAAGCAAAGCAGUUUUAUUUAUUUCUACAAAAAGCUGGUGUUAGAUUUUUUUUAUGCACCACAUAUUACAUAUUUGUAAUAAUUUGGUGCAUAAAAAAAGUAACAAAAUGUUUUGACUUAACCCAGGUAAACUUAUCUGUUUAAUUAUAUUACAUUUAUAGGUUAAAUUCAAAACUAUGUAAAUUUACUAUGCAGAAAUACUUACUGGGUUAAAAUGGAAACUUUUUAAAAAUGUUUCACUGUACUAACAUUUAUUUAUUUAUUUUACAUUGUAUUACAUAUUCCUGUAUUAAAUUUUCAUAAAACAUACACAUUACUACCUGAUAUUAAAUAUAAAAUUAAUUUUAAAAAAACUGAUUGGUAUUCCUUGCAUUAUAAACAUACAUUUCAAACAUACCAAAAAUAUUUUAACUUUUGUUAAGCAAUGUGGCCAUUCUUGUACCUCUUUUUUUUUCCUCUGAGGUAAGAGUGUAUUUUCUUCUAAAGGUUAAAUAUAGUUAUAUUAUAAUAUCCAAUAACUUAAAAAAUAUAUUAUAAAGUAAAACAGGUCAUAAAAUGACCUUUGUCUGUAGCAAGUUGUCAUAGUUCAUUAAAUUAAUGUAUUAAUUAAUGGUUAGGACUACAGAGCAUGAAUAAAUAUUUUUCAUACCAUUUAAUGAUACUAAGCCUUUCUCAAGUUCUUAAUUUGUGUUGUAUUUAAAAUGUUGCACAGCUCCUUAAAAAAUGUUUGUAAAUAAGCUUCCCAGCAUUUAUAAAUAUUAAAUUUGUGCAAAUUUACUCGAUAAAAAAAUUAAUUCUAACCCAGCCACAACAUUUCUGUGUCCUAAAAGCAAGUAGUACAGAAAAAAUUCUCAGCAAUGAACUUAAGGUGUAUUAAAAUAAACUUUACUUUUGCUGCUUGUAAUCAUAUUUAUUAGGUACCUAUGGGGAAAAGAUAUGCGUAGCCUGUUGAUUGCUUGAGCACAGAUACUCUAGCAAAUGUUUAGAUUACUAAAACAAAAAAAAAUUCUGAAGAGUUGAUCUAAUUUGUAGUUUUUACUAACAGCACUUUAUCUUUUCUACGGAACUUUUGUUGUGGAGUAUUUCUUGUCUAAUCGAGUAUGAAAUUCACGACAUACUGCAUUUGCUAGAAAUGUGAACAGAAUGUGUGGUUAAGUUUGUGAGUCUCGAGAGCUGUGAUGAAACAAAACACGGGAUGGCUGAGUCAGGCAGGCACUUGCAUAGUACCAGUGUAUUUCCUCCAUAAAAAAGAAAUUUGUGUUCAGUGGUUUACAUUUUCAUAACAUCUGAGUUAACACACCCACAAAAUUGAUUUUAUUAUUAGGUACUGAAUUUUUAUUAUUUUUUACAGAAUAGCACUAAUGCACAGAAAAUACGAGUGUUUAACAAUUCUCACUAUUUGUAUGAGUUAAUUUAAAAUUGUGAGAAGCUAAUUUCCAUCAUAGCAGAAACGCCCUUAUUUACAUUUUCCCUGCAUUCUGCUAUCCACUUAAACAAGAGUUAUAACUUUAAUUUAAUUUUUCCAAAUUUCUAGGUUUUGCAUGUACUGCCUGCACAUUGCAGAUACGUAAAAAUGUAUUUUUUUUAUAUAAUUAAAACAUGAAACACUAGAAAAAUUAAAUUCCCUUUAGCUUCUGAACUUGUCUGUAAACCAAUAACUAUGUAAGUUGUACAUUAAGUAUAUACAACCUCUCUUUUUAACAUCAUCAGAUGAUCUCAGUUUUAUGUUUUCUCUUCAUAAUUGUAACAUUAAAUAUAAGUAAUGUAAAAAGUGUACAAUUUUUACCAUCCAAUAACUGUUUUCAAUUCUGGCUUACUACAGAACACAAAUGGAGCCAAGUAACUUGCCAAUAUCCUAGAGUAGAGAAAACUAUAUAUGUACAGUAGAGAUAACAGAAAAAACAAAUGAAAUAUUAUUUACUCCUGAAACUGACCAGUAUUUAUGGAAUCAAAUUUUUUUGCUUGCCCAGAAAAUGUAGUCAACACAUUAAAGCGAUAACAUUUUUGGUUAAGCAGGCUUACAUAUAAGAUACAAACAUGAAGGGAAAAGUUAGGUAUAUUUGAUGGCACAAAAUAAUUUCAAAGUACAGUAUCUGUAAAUUAUAUUUUUGUUAUUCAUUCAAAACAUUGUUUAUGUAAUGUACAGUAAGAAAACUCAAUUUGUAGUUACAGGACUCUCCAAAAAUAUAUUUAUACUUUAAAAUGUAAACUUUAUAUAUAAUUAUAAAAUAAAAUGAUGAUCCUGUUGUGUGACUGUUAAAGAACCAAACACUUACAACUAAUCAUUUAAAAUUGUCAUUCUGAACUGAUGUGCUACUAUCAUGCAUAUGUACUUGUGAGGAAACUGUUGCUCACUUUCUGUAAUGUAUGAAGUAAAUUAACUAUGAGAAAGGAAUUUUAUGUAAAUUAAUGUACAAUAAAAUAUGCUAUGUUGGUGAGAAACAAAAUAUCAAUAUGUGGGUGUAGAUGUAACAGUUUUAAAAAAACAUUAAUUAUUAAACUGUUGUGAACCCGAUGUUACAUCAAUAAGUUGAAAUUUUAGAUUAUUUUGAGUGGGACUAAACCACUGUAGUAAACUAUAAGUUACCCAGAAAUUUGCAAUAAUUGAUUGCUGAAACGGUUUUGUUUUUUUUCUCCUGGAUGAAAAAUGUGUUUAGAAAUGUAUCUGUAGAAUAUAAAUCAGAGACCUAUAAUAUUUUCAAGUGCAAUAAAUGUAAUUAUAAUUUAUUCAAAUAUAAAAUGUUGAAGGAUGUUACUAAAUAUCUUAUUGGAAUUGUUUCUACACAAACAAAUCCCAAUUCUAAUAUAUAAAUAUAGACCUGCACUACUGUAAUAAAGAAUAAUGUUACCAAAUAUUUGUUUGAAAACAUAGGGAUAUACAUAUGGUCAAAACCUCGAAACAUUAAAAAUACCAGUGAAACCAUUGAACUUAUACUAGGUAUUAUAAAAAUUUGAGUUCUGAGAUGUCAUAGCAAGACUCACUACGACAGACAGAUACUGUUUCCUGUAGUGAUUUGCACACACAGUUCACAUACUUGCUGGAGGUACAAUGAAUGUGAUCAAUUUUUAAUUUGCCCAGCAGUGUAACCAGGACGUCACCGUUGUAUCUAGUAGUAAAAUACACUAACAACAAAGUUUUAAAUUGCCAUUGGUGUAAGUGUGUCAGAUUCUUUCUAGUUUUAAACUGACAUAAUGAAAGCAACUGCUGACUACUGACAAAUACAAUUCUGAUAUUUCUGAGUGGUUUCAAAUUGAUUUUUUUAAUCAGUAAUAAUAAACACAUUUGGCUCCAAACAAUUCAUAUAUUCCUUCAAAAUGAUA